AUGGAGAGGAGUGACAAUUUCUUACACGAAGCUAGCUACCUAGACCAAGAAGGUCAAUUUAGAACCUCAAGGGUGCCCCGUGGUUCAAGAAAUCGCUCGUCGCCUCGCGGGAUUAAACACUUGCCUAAGAGAGUUCCUACCGUCAAUAAGUAUGGCCAACUUACGGGCCCGGUUCAAACCCGAGGACCGAGCCCAAGAGCUGGCCAAGCUAGCAAGUGGGGCAAGAGCUUGGGGCAUGUUCGUAAUCAAGGACCACGGUGUACUUGGUCUGUUUUGCAAGGUGUGAGGGAUGUGGUUAAGGAGUUCUUUGGGCUGUCCUAUGUGAGUGUAGACAACAUGGGUUAUGGCAGGAACUUUGUGAAGUCGGAAGAUCAGCCGCUGGAUUGGAUUGAUCGUGUGACUAUGAAAGCAGCUCCUGCUGGAGCCACCCAAGGGAUCCACGUUUGGCCUCAAAGGCCUGCCAUUUUCAGGUGCCCUACUUUCAUCACAUAA